ACUGAUAUCUGUAAAUGUGAAUAGCAACACAGUGUUUGUAGUUUUAAUGGACUACAAAGACCAUCAGCACAGACUGGAUGUCCACUAUGGUGAUUGUGGGGAGAUUUUCCUUUAAAGAGUCUGGAGGAAGACAUGACCAUGUUGGUGCAGAGAGGUGAAGAAGGACAGAGAGAGAGAGAGAGAGAGAGAGAGAGAGAGAGAGCACAGCGAGCAUUCACUCAUUCUUUCGCCUCCUCAGUUAAAGGGGCAGUUUUUGUUUUUCUCUCAGGAUGUCUGAAGGUGAAUCAGCAGGAAUCAAACUUGCGUCGGUGGACUUUGAGAUCUUCGGUCACGUUCAGGGAGUCUGUUUCAGAAUGUACACAGAGAAGGAGGGUUUGCGGCUGGGUCUGGUCGGCUGGGUGAAGAACACCUACAGUGGGACGGUGGUGGGACAGGUCCAGGGUCCUGCAGACAUGGUGGAGGAGAUAUGGCUGUCUUUACUUUCACAACAUAACCGACCAGUCUUCCUUCAGUUAAGAGAGGUGCAAUCUGUGAAGGUGUGGUUGAGUAAAGAAGGAAGUCCAACCAGUCGGAUCACCAGAGCCUCCUUCAGCAAUCAGAGGACCAUCGACAAACUGGAGCUCUCCGGCUUCAAGACUCGCUUCUGAUCAGCUGAUCCAACGCACCCCAAGAGCUUUCCCCAGUGCAAAAACCCCAAUAGCUGCUUCUAGUGUUCAGACCUGUGCAAUAACUAACUGUAGGGAUUAGAGUUUAGAUUUUUAUAUCCAUGCUCCUGUGAGCUCUAUGAUUGAAGACUGUUGAAUGACAGAUUGGAGGAGGCCAUUGCUGUUGGUAUGGCACUGUUUUAUUCAUAAUAAAAGAACCGUCUUGCUGUGGUGUAUCCAUCUGUACAGCAGAGGCACACCAGAGAGAUUAACAAUGAGCUGAAACUCAAUGUAAAGCUUCAUCACUAGCAGAGACACCAAACACAUUGUCACAUUGUUUUCAUAUUGUCAUUUGAUUUGUUAUUAUAAAAAUAUUGAUUGUGUGUGAGAUUGUAUAGUUUUACUAAUGUUAGCCAAAGAAAGACAGAGAGAGAAGCAUAAAUAAAGGACCACUAUUCUGAUUACAUACAAUUUUUGAUGGUAGCAGUUACAGUAAAGGUUCCAUAUGUAAGAUUCUGAA